UUGACACCACGUAUUAUCCCUCCUCCGUUUUAAUUAUGAACUUUUUGUGACUGCGUGAAAUAUAUUUUCUUACUUGUUUCUUGAACUGUUCUGGGGGUUUCUUUAUUUGGAGGUUCGUUGUGAAAUGGUACUGUGAAGUGACCGUACUAGUGACUAUAGUGAACUUGGUAUCAACAUGAUGAUGGAUCAGGCGCACUUCGGAGAGUAUCUGCUGAGGCAGCAAAUGUUGCACGCGGCUUCACUUAGCGGCUUACAGCAUCGCAUGGGCGCGGACGCGGAGCCGCCGGCAUGUGAAGCUCGCUUGCUGAACGGAGACCUGUGGAGGCGCUUCCACGACAUCGGCACCGAGAUGAUCAUCACCAAGGGGGGACGACGUAUGUUCCCGUCGCUCCGCGUCUCCCUGUCAGGGCUGGACCCUCGCGAGGAGUACUGCGUACUACUAGAGCUAUCCCUGGUGGGGCGAAGGCGCUGGCGGUGGGCGGGGGGCGCGUGGGCCGCUGCAGGAGGCGCCGAGCCGCAGUCCCCGCGCCGGCUCAUGCUGCAUCCGGACUCUCCGGCGCCUGGACACCACUGGACCGCCAACCCUGUCUCCUUCAGCAAACUCAAGCUUACCAAUAAUACUAUGGACUCUCAGGGACAUAUGGUGCUGACGUCGAUGCACAAGUACCGACCGCGUGUGCUGGUGGUACGCGCGAGAGACGCCGCCGCGCUCGCCUGGGGCGCUCCUCACGCCGCCUUCUCCUUCCCCGAGACCGAGUUCAUUGCUGUCACUGCUUACCAGAAUGAUCGCAUCACAAAAUUGAAAAUUGACAACAACCCGUUCGCAAAAGGAUUCCGCGCGUGUGGCCAGUCUAAAUGCAAGAGGAAGAGUGUUGACGUCACCACCGACGGAGAAACCAGUGCAGAGCCAUCAGAACCCAAACGUCCUUGCUCUGAUGCCGCAUCCUCAUGUUCCGAAGAGGGCAGCCUCCGCUCCACGUCACCAAGGUCUCCACCACUAGUAGAGUCCCCAGCUCCACUCGUCGCUGCGCCAGAGAAUCUGUCGCCCCCGCCAUCAUUUUACCCUCCCGAUCUGCCAUACCUAGGGCCGCUUCACAUGCCAAUGCCUCUAGGUCUCUGGCCGGGCAACCCCAUGCCAGUGGGUUUAUCCUGGGGCCCUGCGCUACCUCCCCCGCGCGCACCUACCCCUCCCCCCGCGGUCCCCGCCCCCUGCCGUCGCAUCAAGAGCUUCACCAUCAGUGCUCUACUUGGAGAAGGUUGAUAGGUAAAUUUUAAGUAGAGCAUAAAAUACGGGCCUAUAACGCAAUAGCUACUUAAUCAUUGUAAAUAGUUGUUAUUAUAAUCUGAAUAUAUAGAAAACAAUACCUACCUCGUAGUUCUUAUUAGAUACAGAAUUUGUUAUGUGAUAAAAGUGCCUUUAGUUUUGAGUAACAAGCAAUUUUUAUAACGUCAAUAGAUGUAUUGAUCUUCAGGUGGAAGUGUCGCUGUGUUGGUUGAAGGCGUUUUAGUCUUAUUUUACUAAUUAAUCUAUAAGAGACAUAAUGAAGUUGAAAUCUGAUUAGACAUAAUAAGCGCCGAAUACGAAAUAGUGUUAAAAUAACGAAAAUAUAAAAUUACGGUAGACAAUAUUUAUUAAUCAAACGAUCGCGCGCUUAUUUUGUUUUUAGUUUAUCAUUUAUAACUUGUAGCUUUAUUAUAAUUACAAUUGUAAAUAUAAUACUUAAUGUAAAUAGCGAUAUAUUUUGCAGAAUAAAAUAUAUUUUAUAUCA